CCGCUGUAGGGAGGUCAGGCUUUCGUGCGCCUACUACAGUGGGCCCGUCCAGGAACCUUUGGGAUCCAAUGGGUUUUCAUCAUGUGGGCUUUGUGUACGUACAUGGUAGUCAGGUUACGGCUACUACCCGGUUUUGCUAGUCCACUUGUUCCCGACUCAUUACCGUUUCGGAAUGACAACCGGAGUGCAGGGGUGAUCCUGUCAAGUGAGGCUAAGCCAGGGGUGUCCCUGAAAGUUCAGAUUCACUCCUCAGCUUUUGCUGAGCGUGUAGUUGUUCUUGCUACACGCAGACUUAUCAAAGGGACAAGUGAAGAGACGGACGAAAGUGGGAAUCGGUGGACGGUCUACACGGAUGGAUCGUCCGCGAGUGAUGGUUCCGGGGGUGGAGUUGUGGUCAUAUCGCAGGAGGGCUUCAAGGCUUAUUACUCGGUAAGGUUCAGGUAUAAAGUGCCCAACAAUGAAGCAAAAUACGAGGCUCUCCUAUGCAGAUUGAAACUUGUAGCUUCCAUGAAGGUGGAUUGGGUACACGUUAGAUGCGACUCCAAACUAGUUGUUGGAAACAUUAUGAGAGAAUUUGAAGCAAAGGACGAAAGAAUGAAGAGAUAUAGGGAUGCUGCAUUGGACCUAUUCAAGGCUUUUAGGGCAUAUCGAGUGGAACAAGUCCCCAGGAGGAAAAUAUUGAGGCAGAUAUCCUCUUCAAGCUCGGCCAAGACUCCCUGGAGCAUAUCCGAGCGAUGUCACAAGAAGAAGAGUUGGGAUAAAGCACAACUAUGCCGCGGUCGGGUACCCUCAAAAAAUGGUUGGGUAGAAAACACCAACCGCACCAUCAUUGAUGGUUUGAAGGAGAAGAUCAUGGAAUACAAGAGCGCUUGGGUGGAAGAGCUACCGUACAUCUUACGGACUUACAGGACCACCCCGAGGAAGGCUACUGGAGAAAUGCCAUUUGCCCUAACUUAUGGGUUUGAGGUGUACAAAAGGUUCUGUGAUGAAGAGGCUUUGGUCGGGAAAGCAGGGCUUAAGGUCACUUGCUUUUGUAAUGUGUGGGUGGGUGCAAAAAGUGUUCAAGAUGUGGUUAGUGCUUCGGAGGUGGCUGAAUUGAAGGAUUCUGCAUUUGGUAUUUUCUUCAAGCUUGGGGGAAUAAAGUGGGUUAAUGGUCAGCUGUUGAUUUUAUUAGCAUUAAAUCAAGUGGAACCCAUUAAGAGGAGUGGAGAUGUAGAUAGAAUAAAGUUUCACAUUGGAGAAAGGAUAGUUGAGUUUAAGAAGUCAGAUUUUGCGUUGAUUACGGGGUUGAAGUUUGGAAAGGAGGCUGAGUAUGGGGAUACUGACCUGGAAAAGGCAAACGACAUCAGCACAAGGUGUUUCAAUGGGAAAAUGAGCGUGACCCAUAUACAAGUGGAGAAUGUAUUCAAUG